ACCGGUCGUCACCGGUUGCCAGGAAGUCUAUAACAAGUAAACUGCGGUUGUCAGGCGACGCCCCCUCCUGGGUCCCUUUCGCCACCCGAAAGAAGAACAAACUGAAACGAAAUAUAAACAAAUCUUCAACCUGAUUUUUCAUAAAUUGCAAAUUCAAGUAAAAAAGUUAACCCGAAGAAGAAGAAGAGAAGACAACUCUUCCCGUUUCCUGAUGAAUCUUAACUUAAUUAGUUUUUACUAAUUACAAUGUGAUGUUUGGAACAGAAUAACCAGUCAAGGAAAUGAUGGCAGAGGACGUAUCUUCUUCUACGACUGCUGCUGGGAGCUGUAUGUCACGACAGAGGCCUUCAUCCCAAUCUUCGGCCACAGGGACCAGCGCCACAUUCAGCCAAAACAGACAGAAGAGCAGCGACAGCAUCGUUAGUAAUGAUGACAAAAACGAUGACGAUUGCUUUUUGUUUAGCGAACACAUCCUUGGUGGUCUACCGGUGAUGAAGCGACUUUUUUCAGCCGAACGGAACAUCUUUAUGGCUUUGGUGGCGUUCCGUGUUGUGAACGCAUUACUCAUUCAGACUCAGUAUGUGCCGGAUGAGUAUUGGCAGUCUCUGGAAAUUGCCCACUCAACAGCAUUUGGUUAUGGCUAUCAGACUUGGGAAUGGAGGAAUGCCCUGCGUGGCUACCUUUAUCCCUCCAUCUUCACGGUUCUCUACAAAGUCUUGCAAAUUCUCAGAUUGGACUACAGGAUCCUAUUGAUUAAAGCUCCUCGCAUGCUGCAGGGAGUCCUUGCUGCCACUGGUGACUUCUAUCUCUACAAGCUCUCAUCGCGCCUCAGCGGCACAGCCACAGCCCAAUGGACUUUGGUCUGUGAGAUAUUAUCCUGGUUUUUGCUUUACACCUAUCCUCGCACCUUGACCAACGGGGCAGAGACUGCCCUCACGGUCAUCGCUCUCUAUUAUUACCCUUGGCCAAAAUUGAAAUCAAAGGACCACAAUUCCACCCUGAAGUUCCUUUUGGUCGCUGGACUGUCUGUCAUCGUACGACCGACCUCCAUCAUCACGUGGAUUCUUCUCUGCGGCUGGCAUCUUCGGAACUCCUUCUCUCUCAGACUGUGUGUCCUCUAUAUUUUAGCCAUUGGGUCCUGCCUUACGCUGUCCACUCUGGUUGACUACCUUGGCUAUGGAAAAUUCGUCCUUGUACAGUACAACUUCUUCAAGUUCAACGUGUUAUCCAACCUUGGUUCACACUAUGGCACCCACCCGUGGCACUGGUAUGUGACGCAGGGCUACCCUGUCAUCAUAGCAACUCACCUUGUGCCGUUUGUUGCUGGGGUGUGCAAGGCCAGGAACAAGUCCCUGUUCACCAUCAUCCUCUGGACCCUCUUGAUAUACAGUUUUCUCAGUCACAAGGAGUUCCGUUUCGUGAUGCACACGAUCCCCUUGUCGAUGCACUACUGCGGAGUCUACUUCCACUCUUUGUGCACCGAAGACUUGCAGUCCAACACGAAGCCGCAUUCUUCAGAAAAGGGUCAUUCGGUUCCAUCGCCGGAGAAUUCUUCAGGAAAUGCAUCUCCAGACAGCGAACAAAAGAAGUAUUUCGUCCAAAAAUCGCGCCUAACGAAGGCUUAUUACCUGCUGAUAUUCCUCGCAGUCACAAACAUACCCCUUGCAUUUUACUUCAAUCUGAUCCACCAAAGGGGUACGGUGCUUGUGACAAAGUUCCUUCAUGAUGAAUUUGCUCCCGAAAAGUUGACCCCUACUUCUCGUGUGCUCUUCCUCAUGCCCUGUCAUUCGACCCCGUUUUACAGCCAUAUCCACAGACGGGUGCCAAUGCGAUUCUUGACAUGCGAACCGAAUCUCUCCCAGACUGACCCCUAUGUGGACGAAGCUGACCUUUUCUUCAACGACCCUUUGAAGUGGUUGGACAAGGAGUACAACAUGACCACCUCAAAGAAGACCGACAACUUUCCGACCCACUUUGUCUAUUACGCUAACCUUCACAGGACCCUUUUCCCUCACCUUGACCGAGCCGGCUACCGCAAGUGCGGCCAGUUCUUCCACACCCAUUUCCCCGAAGGGCGGUGCAGCACCCAUGUUUUGGUCAGUUGCAAAAGACGCACUCAACAGCUGUGAACUUUUCUGAUGCCUGAAAAUGGUGAUGGUGGUGGUGGUGG